AUGUUACACUUGCACAGCCUUCGGCCCCUGCUGCGCUCCCUGCUGGCCCUCCUCCCGUGGUGGAGAUGGCCGCCGACGGAGGUGGAGAUGGCCGCUGGUGGCGAGGUCGUCCAAACGCCCGACUCGGCGUCGCCGACGGUGCCAUCGGCGAGGGUGUCGAUCUGGGAGUUGGUGCGCGCGUGCGGGGUGUGGGGCCGGGAGGUCAACAAGGCCGACCUACAGCGCCGCGUCGUCAUGCCGCUCUGCGCACACCGGGCCGUGGCCGCCGCGGUCGCCGAGAAGGACGAGGCCGCAGGCGUGGUCGUCGCGGCCGCUGCCAGGGAGGAGAAGGUGGAGGAGGCGGAGGAAGAUGGGCGAGCGAAAUCCAUCACGGCAGCUCACCGCCCGCAACCGCAGAUCGAAUCAAUCAGCGCACGGUCUCUCCGCCCACCACGCCAGCAAACCGCCGCAAUGCCGCACGCCUGCGCCCGACCGCCGCCGUCGGAGCAGGGCCCAAGCGCCUCCCCCUCCUCCGCCCUGGCGGCAGACUCCUCCAUCGCGGCCCUCAUCGGCGGCGAGGUGGUGACGCCGAUGGUCGUGUUCGUCCACUCCAAGAGCGGCGGCCGCCACGGGCCCGAGCUCAAAGUGCGGCUCCACGAGCUCAUCAGCAAGGAGCAGGUGACGACCUGCACGCACCAAGUAGCUCGGUAG